AUGGUCGCAUUCGUCAGACAUACUGCAACAGAGAAACGGGACGGAGUGAAGCAAGUAGCGUUAAAACGUCAACAAGCUGUAGAAGAUGCGAUUGCAUUAAGACUUGCUUCAAAUGAAAAAGGUGUACCAUUAGAAACUUUACCACCAGGAAAAAUUUUUGGAAUGACAGUAACAAAUCCUUGUAAUAGUCCACCACCGCCACCACUCUCAUCUUCACCAACAAUUUCCGAUAAGGAUUCAGUGAAAUCAACUUCUUCAAAUUCUUCAAAUCCUACAGUAUCACAGAGUGCAAUUGAUAUGUUAGCACAAUUAUUUCCACAUAGAAAACGAUCAGUUUUAGAAUUGGUAUUAAAACGAUGUGAUUUAGAUCUUUUAAGAGCAAUUGAACAAUGUUCACCAUCACAAUCUGUGAGUGCAUUUAGACCACCCUCAUCGCAGGUACCUUCAACAAGUUGUACAUCAACCAUUACAUUACCAUCAUCCUCUACUGCGAGUAGUAGUGCAUCAGUAGUUACACCAAUUCAAAUUCCAAUAAAUCAACCAACACCAUUACCUCCUCAACCACACUAUACACCUUUAAUCGCAUAUCCAAAAUGGUUAUUACCAAUGAGUAUUCCUGUAACAAUGGGUCAUUUACCAAAUUUAGCACCAAGAUGUACUCUACCAAAUUGUCCAUGUAUGGAUUCAUUUCACUUGAAUUAA